AUGCGGGCCGACAUACUACCCGACUUGAACGCGGACCCUAGCGUCUCGGACCAGGACCUAGAUGAGGUUGUCCCAACACCCGUAGAGGACCAUGUUCAAGAACGCGAACUCGACGCGCACUUUACCGUCCAUGAGAAUGAAGCGUAUUACGACGGUAUAGGAGAUCCUGAUAUCCUCAUCGAGAAUGUGGACGAGAGUGAUGUUGCUGGUAUGGAUUCAAACGACCUAGAUGUUGACGAAGGCUUCGAAGAAGACUAUGAUAAGUCCGACGAUGAGGACGAAGAGGCCAGCUUGGCCAGGAGGGCGCGCGCUAUGGAGGAUGCCAACAUGGCAGCGGAGGGUGUGGUGGCUGGAGCUGCGGCGCCUAAUGGUGCUCCUCCUAUCCGUGGCGAGCAGGAGGGUGUGGUCGAACAUGGGCCUCGUCAGAAUGCACCAUCCAGCCGGGUCGUAGAAGGAGGCGGUGUGGAGUCUGGUGCGCGACAAGAAGCACCUGUGAAUGUUGGCGACGGGGGUGGCGCGGAGACUGUUGCGCAGAAGGAAGCAGCAGCAGAGCUGGACAGCAAGAAGGAUCGUGCUAAGCUCCCUCUUCGCAAGAUUUCCGUCGACACGAGAAAGCACUACUGGUUUAACUUCCUCCACUUCAAGUGGUGGGUCAUCAUUUUCAUGGCAAUGAUGGCAGAGAACGAAGUCCCUCCGAGGGAAAGGCUGAAAGUCCACGACGAGGUCGGAUUUAUGCUGGGCAAUGACAAGGGAGAUCUGUGGGCUAACGUCGCGGACCCGUGGGACAUCCAUCUGCACGGGCCGCGGGUGACCAGAUGGAGGGUCAUUCAGUACAUCCGUUAUCUGUUCAACGAGACCAACGAGCAGGCAGAGAAGUUGCGGAAGAAGAUUCGACCCAACAAGAAGAUCUACUUUGGCAAGUACGCACGGGCAAGCACACCGUUCGUCAUCAAGGCGAAGAUGAAUGCGCUGGGUUGCCUCGGCAGAAUCGAAGCCCGGCUAUACGGCUACUCCAUUUCAUCCACAAAGGACUGGAUCAAGGAGGCUCGUGAGUUUCUCAAGCUGGCGCACCAAUUUCUAGGGAGGGGAUGCAGCAUUCGCAAGAUCCGCCUUGGGAACAUGUUCGUCCGCCUGACGCGAAGCACCUCUCACGUCGACGAGGAGCUAGACGUCUUCGUUCUCGUCGUCACUUCCCGUAAGACGAAGACCAACGUCACCAAUCAGCUGAGUCACCAGUUUCUUGCCAGGCAUAGGGACUGGCAGCUAUGCGGCAUGGGGGGUGUUUUCCUGUGGUUACAUUUCCUCUACGACCUAAUCCCUCUGCGCUAUGGGGAUGGUAUAGUCCAGCCUCUAGACUUCUCAGACCCGCUCCUCUGGACUAAGAUGCACCUUUUCUUUACCCUCAAGAGCCCGACAGAUCCGCGGCAGCAGAGGCAAGAUGAGAUGCCCUACAAGACGCAUAACUCAUGGAUUUCCUGGGUCAUGAAAAAGGCGGAAUGGGCGCUCAGCAAGGUGACACAUGCGUUCCGUAGAUCGGGGGCCCAGGGCCUCAGUGACGAUGGCUGCCCUGACAACGACAUUGGCAGCCUUGGAGGCUGGGCACAGGGGGAGAUGCGGAGGUCGUACAUCGUCGGCGUGCCGUUCAGGCCAGUCUUUCUGCAAGCAGGUUUCAGUGGUGAUCGGGGAGACUACUACAUCGGCAGAUCCAAGGCAAAGCUCCCACGACACAAAGACCCCGAUAAGGACGAGUGGCUUCUGCUGCUUAAGCUCAUCGAGAAGCACGUUUUCCCUUGGGUCGAGGCUAAUUUGAAGAAGAUCUUGCUCGUCCCCCACUGCCAGGUGCAUGCGUGGAAUGCCAGGCAGAAAGACCCGCAGAACAGGCACUAUGCAGGGGACGCGCAAUUCCGCUAUACCGCCGAGGAGAAGAUGCAGAAGGUUUACGUCGCGAACGACAUGCUGAGGCAGGAAUGUGGGAGACUCCAAGGCGCCUACUCGCAGGCCGUGUCACAAAUACAGUCGCUGGAGGGAAGACUUGCUGCUAGGGACCUCGCGUACGCUCAGCUUUUGGCAGAAUUCGAGGCCCUCAAGUGCAGUGGGAGCGCGCAUAGUCGUGGUGUCACUGCCUCUGCAGAUGGGGCUGGCCCGUCCAAUGUGAGCUCUGGAAGCGCGGCUGCCCAGGCCUCCGCCGCGCCCAAGGCAAUCUCCCCCGAGGAGGCGUUUUACAAACUCGUCGUCGUGGAAUGGCGUGACGCGAAGACUGUUGCCGGGGCUUGGGCUCUGUGGGUGAAGAAGUCUCGGAUCAUGGAUGGCCAGUCUCUGCGUGAAGUACGCGCAGCGCUCGAGCGCCAGGACAAGAACUUCUUCUCCACGUUUGCCUUCUUCUCCCCGAGCGGCCCGAAUGCGAUGGCGACGGAAUCCUGCGACCGGAAAAUGCGUCGCAUGGCUCUGGUCAUGCAAGCGGUGGAGACAUUCAGGGUGGACAGCUCCGAAGAGGCGACCGCUACUGCUGUUGCGCGUCUAGACUCUGUGUUGGCCAUCACAAGCUUCAGAGACUUCACCGACGGCCUCAUUGUCGGAGACACGCUCCCAAAGAAGCGAUCACGCAAAGCAAUGAAAGACGGGAAGAGCACCAACGAGCACUCACAGCGCGUUAUCAGCUGGCACCUCGUCAAGAUGCGGCUGCGCGACGAGGCGUGGGCAGUACGUCUAUUCGGGGCCGAGUGGGAGACCAUCAAGGCGGCGGAGGAGGCGAAGGACGCUGCAGCUCAAGCUGCAGCAGAGGCAGCUGCAGCUGUCGCUGCUGCCAAUGCAGAGCGUGAUGCGGGCAGCCCCUCUCAGUAG